AUGGACUCCUCUCUCCAUGAAAUGAACUACUCUAGAUACUCCUCCCCCAACUCUCCAUUAAUGAGCAAGAUCACCAAUCCUGCUUCCACCACCUCAACAAAUUCUCUUCCUUCAGACAAUGGCAAGCCCUCUCUUCCACCUUCUCACCCUCCUGUUUCCUCCAACCAAGACGAUUUUCUACAGUCUCCAACUUCCCAGAGAAUUGCGGCCCUCAAUCUUUUAUCCCCAAAGCCUUCAUCAUCAAGCAUGAUACUUAAAAUUUUAUAUUCCUUUAAGGACAAUUCAUCAUCCUUUUUGGCCAGAUCUUCCUCCACCAUAAACAUCAACUAUCAGCAUAUUACUUUGAACAAUGUUUCCAUAACCUUGGGCCUAAUCAAUGUCAAAACUUGUAUAGACUUGAUUAUAAAUUCAUCCCCUGAAUUAUUUCUUGAUUUUACUAACUUGGACAAUAACUAUGUUACUAAUAAUAAUAUCAAUAGUUUCAAUAAUUCUUCCAAUAAUAUGAUUACAAACGAUUCUAACAACAAUAUAAACUCGAAUAUGAAUUUGAUUUCAAUAUCGAAUGACUCCAAUGUUCUUAAAAAUAAUUUUGACUAUAACAUAUACAUCUCAGAUGUAACCGAGCCCAAUGAACCCUUAGUAGGAAUUGGCUUGUUGUCUAACAUCUUGAAUAACUCCAUUAAUUCUCAAGUCACGAUGAUACCUGGAAAGGUUUUAAACAGUUUUACUAGUCUUUCAAAUACUUUCAAAUUCGUGAAAACUUUAGAAAUUAAAUUACAUUUCAUAAAAAUAAAUAAAAUAAAUAAACUUAAUAUAAAUUUUAAUGAAUUUCCUUUGGAAUAUUCUUUGGACACCACAAAUAUCAAUGAAAAUGAUCUUAACUUGAUCAAUUCUACUAACAUCGAUACUGCAAUUAUAAAUAACAACAAUAAUAAUAUAAACAAUGCCAAUAAUAAUACAAAUAACAAUAAUAACAUAAAUAAUAACAUAAAUAAUAACAUAAAUAAUAUCAUAAAUAACAACAAUGACAACGAAAUAGAAAAUAAUGAAAUCGAAAAUAACCAAAUUGAAAACAACGAAAUUGACUUGGAAACAGAUUUAAUAAAUAAUGACAAUGUCAAUUAUAAUGAUAAUGAUAAUUACAAUAACAAUCAAAAUGAAAAUGAAAAUGAAAAUAAUACAACUAAUCCCAAUUCAAAUUCUAAUAUCAAUAUUAAUAUUAAUGACACUGUUCAAUCCAAUCUAAAUUCUAAUACAAAUUAUCAAACCAAUAAUUCAAAUCAAAAAAAAUUUAAAAUUCCAAUAACAAAAAAAAAUAGAUUACCAAAAUUGGCUUCUUUUGCUACUUCAAAUCAAAACUAUUUAGCAUCUUCUCCAAUAAAGAUUAAACUAAAAAUCAAUAACAACAACAAUAACAAUAAUAACAAUAACAAUCAUAAUAACAAUCAUAAUAACAAUAACAAUCAUAAUCACAAUCACAAUACUAGUACUACUAAUAGCGCCUAUAUUAACAAUAAUUUUAAUAAUCUUUACAACAAAAGAAAUCCUAAAAUUCAAAAAAGAAUAACCAAUCCUGCUCCUGCUCCUAAAGCUGUAAGAACCCAAUCUUUACCUGUAUAUCAAUCGGAUUAUUUAUCUUUAUACCCACCAAAUUCCAUCGCUAAAAGAUUGAAAAUGGCUGAUUUAAACAAUUCAAACUCUCUAAACGCUAGAUUAAACGCCGUUAGAAAUCCUUCUAAUUUAUCUAAUUUAUAUAAAAUCUCAAAUACAAAUGAUGAUAUUGAUACAAAUAAUGGCUCAAGUUUAACCUCGGGAAUUAAUAUCGAAUUACUUAAAAAUGCUAAAAGAAGACCAAAUUCCAAGAAAAGACUUUCUGUUGGUGGUAAUACUAAUAAAAGUCAUAAUAACAACAGCAAUAAUAGUGACAAUAAUAAAAGUUUUACCAUUACAGCAAAUUCUAAUAUAAAUCUUGACAAUACCAAUAAUAAUGAUAGAAAUGACAGAAAACAUAAAGGCAAAACGUCGUUAAAGCAUUUAAUUAUUAAAGAAGAAUUAGAAUUUGAAUCACCACCAGAUUUACCAACAUGCAUUAAUUGUAAGACUCAUGAAUCUAAACUAUGGAGAUGGUUUUACGGAGACAAUGCAUUGAUGCUAAAUGAUCAGGGACUUUUAUGCGAUUUUUGCCACAUAUAUCUAAAAGAUUAUAACAAAAUGAGACCAAUACCACUUCUUAAUAAUAAAAAGAAGAGAAAAACAAUACCCAAUGAAACAAUUAAAAAAAAAAAGAGAAAGGCUUUAGGCACAAGCAAGAUCGUUGAAAAGAAAAUAUGUGACAUCAAUUCAUCACCAUUGGCUUCGUCGACAUCAGAUUACUUUGAGGCUAAUCAGGAAAGUGAAUAUAAUAUCAAAAAGUUACUAAUGAAGCGAUCACCCCACAAAAGUGGUUCAUCACACUCAAAAAAAAAAGUGUUGGGCGAACUGAAUCUAAACAAACUAAACAUUGCCAGUAGCGAAUGCAAUUCAACAGAGGAAACCGAAAAUGAAAAUAAGGAAGAUCCCAAUAAUCUCGACCAUCUCAACAAUCACAACGCCAACGAUAGCAACACCAAUGAAAACAAGGAAAAUGACCAGGCUCAGGAGGAAGAGAAACCCAACCAUCUCAACACCAAGCUCGACCUUCAGAAUCCAGACACUGUUGAGUGUAACAUCAACGACCUCGACCAGUUCAGCGACAUCUUCAACUUGAACAACUUAAACAACUUGGAUACCUACAACUACCUGCCAUUGACAGACAUUGAUCCUGUUGAUCCAUUCAACAACCUAGAAUAA